AUGUCAUCGUCGUUUUCGUCUCCCCGUGCGUUCAAUCUCUGGGAGAAUUUGCGGAAGACCGAUGAUAUUUGCGUGGUUGGUGUCUUUGGGUUCUUGGAUGACUUCGAUCUAACUGACGUGACGUUCAAAAAAGAGGUGUUAUUUGGGUUUUCCAGCUCAGACGACUUUCUUGCCAUGUCGGAGAGUUCUAUGGCCGAGUUUCCGGACUCGAGAUCGUUUGAGUUACCCGUGCGCAUUCUUGGAGUAGCUUCCGUCACCAGAGACUGCGUCGAUUCGUUCAAGGGCAUCCAGUUGUCACCUGUUUCUCCCAAAGCCAGAUUCAGACCUUUGGAGAUGUCCGAGUCGAUAUCCUCGUCCAGAAGAAUGGGGAUCUGGCCGGAGUUGAGCACCUUAGGAUGGUUCAGACGCGUGGGUGAGAACGAUGUCGAAUGA